UUCGCCUCCAUUUCGAAAACCUGCGUCGCGAUUGGGCGGAGGGCGCCCUCAGGCCACGCCCAAACGACAGGAGGGGGCGGGGUUUCGAGCGUGCUCUAUUUCUGCCUGCGGUCCAGAAGGAGCUGCUUUUGGGGGGGGUCUAGUCUGCUAAAAGUUCUGUGAAUCUCAGCUUUUCUUGGAGCCGUUUCCUUCCCAUAUUUCAAUGAUGAGUCUCCAGUGGGCAGCUGUGGCCACUUUUCUCUAUGCGGAAGUUAUCCUUGUGUUUCUCCUCUGCAUUCCCUUUAUCUCUGCAACAAGGUGGCAGAAAAUCUUCAAGUCCCGUUUGGUGCAUCUCCUUGUGAUUUACGGAAACACUUUCUUUGUCGUACUUAUAAUCAUCCUUGUUUUGUUGUUUCUUGAUGCCAUUCGCGAGAUCCAGAAAUACGACGAUGUGACGGAGAAAGUGAACCUGCAGAACAACCCUGGGGCUGUGGAGCAUUUUCAUAUGAAGCUCUUCCGGGCCCAAAGAAACCUGUACAUUGCUGGAUUUUCAUUAUUGAUGGCCUUCCUCCUGAGACGACUGAUUACCCUAAUUUCUCAGCAUGCUACCACCCUGGCCUCUAACGAAGCCUUCAAGAAGCAGGCGGAAGGAGCGAGUGACGCUGCCAAGAAAUAUAUGGAGGAGAAUGACAAGCUGAAAAAGCAACUGAAGCUGGCAGGGGUGGAAGUGGCCGACCUGGACAUCAAAAGCAUUGGGGCGGAGGAAGAAAACCGAACUCUGCAGGCUGAAGUCAAGAAACUCCAGGAUGACCUGGCCUCUGCCAAAAAAGCCCUGAGUAAGGCAGACAACGAGGCAUUGGCUAUGCGCAAACAGGCUGAAGGAUUGACAACGGAGUACGACAGACUGCUGAAGGAACAUACCAAACUUCAGGAGACCUGUGAAGGCCAAAAGGAUAAGAAGGACGAAUGAUUCCAGUCUUCGUUGGAUUCCCCAGUCUCCAUCCCUUUCCUUCUUGUUCAUUUGUCUCUUUCUGGCGGUGGGACCUAACUGAACCCUCUGUUCUUAUCCACUCCUGCCCCUCUCCCAAACAAACCCCCACCCCCCCUCCCAGGUGCUGCUACAGCUUUUGAGCAGACAACGGGUCUUCAUUGGGCUUUGCUGGCGAGAGACAACUGAUGCCUGUCCCUGUAUCCCUGGGAGACUUUCCAGGAGGGUGGGGAAGGGGGGCGAGGGCAAACGGAGAAUCCGGAGCCAUCAGUAUGUCCUGGUGCGAUGCUGGGGGAGGUUGCUUGGCUAUUUCAGCAUGCGCCCUUAACAGGGCCUGCCUCUUUCAGCUGCAUUUGUAUUGCCUCGCAUUGGCCGUUCCUCUGCACCCUUCUAGGCUGAAGAGUCCGUGUUGAGUUUGCGUGCCUGAAUGGAAAGGGCGGAAAGAUUGGCCAUGUGUCUUGAUUUGUUUUUUUUUU